UUCAAGAGUGAUGUGUCUGUUAUUUAAUUAAUUAGUAGAUAAAUCUCACAAACACACCUCUCUUGCCCUUCCUUUUCUUCCCCACCAUCAUUAUAAGAAAGCAGUAGCUGCUUGCUAGGGUUUGGAUCUUCGCCCUCUCACUACUGUGUUUCUUCUUUCUUUCUUUGUUUCCCUUUUUUUGCUUCAGCGGCAGCAGCAGGAUCAUCAAUGGCGGAGGAAAGUCUUCCUCCAGGGUUCAGAUUCCAUCCGACUGAUGACGAGCUCGUCUCCUUCUAUCUCACUCACAAGAUCGCCGACACGAGUUUCACUUGCAAAGCCAUUGUUGCUGUCGAUCUCAACAAGAACGAACCUUGGGAUCUCCCAGGGAAAGCGUCAAUGGGGGAGAAGGAAUGGUACUUCUUCAGCUUGAGAGACAGGAAGUACCCGACCGGUUUGCGAACCAACCGGGCAACGGAGGCUGGGUACUGGAAGACGACGGGGAAGGACAAGGAGAUCUUCUCUGCAACUUCGGGGGCUCUUGUGGGGAUGAAGAAAACCCUGGUUUUCUACAAAGGUAGAGCUCCAAGAGGGGAGAAGAGCAACUGGGUCAUGCAUGAGUAUCGGCUCGAGAACAAACAUCGAUACAAAUCCGUCAAGGAGGAAUGGGUGGUUUGUAGGAUAUUCCAGAAGACCUCAUCACUCAAGAAACCACAGCUGACAUCAUCAUCCCAACAAUCCUACGACGACACGAACUCCAUCGCCAACAACAACAACAACAUUGAUCACUUCGGAGACUUGGAAUUCUCCAACCUAAACGGCGGCGGCGGCGGCUACAACGACGACGUCGUCUCAGCUAACUACCACCACCACCACCACACCGCCAUCAACAUUCACGAUCUUCAUCACCAUAACAAUAACAAUACUCUCCUACACAUGAACCAAGCUCCGUCGUCGUCGUCGCUGCUGCUCAACUCAUCACUCCUCCCGUGGCCCGCUACCGCUUCUAACUUGCUCGGCGGCGCCUCCAACCUCGCCGUGAAUAACUUGCUUCUCAAGGCAAUGCAGCUAAGGAAUUACCAACAGAGAGAAGCCGCCGCCGCCGCCGCCGCGGCGGACUACAAUUCCAUGUUGAGCCAUGAUCACCAUCAGUUGGGUGCGAGUUUCCAAGCAUCUUCGUCGUCGUCUUCUAGGGUUUUGGAAACGGCGCCUCAACAACAACAACAACUUAUGGCACCACAGCCGGACGAGGAGCAACCAUUCAAUAUGGACUCCGCCAUAAUUAACUGGUCAUGAUCAUCAAAACUUGUUUAGUACGUACAGAGUACAGGAACCAAGCUAGCUGUAAAGUUCGUUUUAUCCAAAACACAAAACUAACCCACAGUGUAUUUUAUGUCAUCGAUCGUGGUCUCUCUAGUUAGCUACUUUGAAGAAGAUGUAAUAUCAGUAGGGAUUACAUAUGGAUCACGAAAUGAUACGAUAUGUAGUUUGAGUUUAUUUGGGGACACAACUGUGAAAAAAUUGUGUCUUUUUUUUUCUUUCCCGUUCACAACAAUAGUGUUAUGUGUAAUUUCAAUAUUUAUGUUGUCAUCUUUUUGUAAGAGAUCAUUGGUAUUGCAUGAGAAACAGCCAGGUACAAAAAUGUCAGGAGGUCUAAAAUAGCGAAGAAACAAAAUCAAACAACCAUCAAAGAGAAGAGAACAAUGAAAGGAAUUUUCGUGCCACCAAAUGGACAAUCCCUAUUAUAAUGAUGACCAAUAACCUAACCUCCAAUCGCUCAAAACUCCCUCGCAAAUCUUUAAUCUCCUCUAAAACCAUACCUCCUCCAACAUGAGUCCAUUAUUGCUCCUGGAGCCUGUCCACAACCAUCUUAACACUGCUCACAACUACCAUGGACGAGAAUCUCCAAGCUAGGCAUUAACAAAUUGCAUCUAGUACAAAAAGCAACUCCACUAGCUAGGAAAGGAUCAAAGAAGCUAUCAUACAAAGAUUCGAAGAAAAUUCGAGGGCGGUGACAAUUGAGGAGAGUUCAAAUUGGGAGAAUGGAGGCCGAAGUGGGUAGAGAGGAUUGGGAAAUGGGGGAGACAAUGGAUGGGGAGAAAGGGGUAGACAUCUCGAAAGAGGUCGGGAUAGGUACUGAGACAAGUGAAAGGGGGAGACAAUGGGGUUGGUGAAGAAUGAGGGAGGAGAAGGAGGGUCAGGUUCGAUUAAAAAGUUAUCAGUGUGAAGGGAAAAGAUGGAGAAAAAAACAAAAUCAAGUGAUGCCGAGCAAAGGAAAGUGUCAUAAUUGGGACAAGAACUAGGAGAAGGAGAAUCCAAAGGGUCACCUGUCGAGAUUAGGGGGCAAGGGAUGGAAGGAAAGAGCUCGUGGAUUAGGAGAAGGAGAGGAACGAGAAUAGGUGUGAAGGAUAAAGCUGGACCGGGGGAAAGAAAAGAUGAGGUUGGAGAAUGUGUUUAGUUCAUCUUGAUAGAUGUGAAUGGAGAUCGGGAAGAAGGAAGAGAGAUUGCAGGGGAGGGAAGGGGGUAGAAGAGGGCAAGAAAGUGGGACAAUCAAGCCCACCAGGGAAGAGAAACUGAUUCUAGAAGAACUAGGAGCCCAGACAGAGAGACAAAAAAGAGUCCCAGGGAUAGGCUGACUAUAAGAGGCCCAAUUAGAAGUCACAUAAGGACCAACCCAAUCGUGGGCCUCAGACCUAGCUAAAGAAUGAGAGAGAAAUUAUUAAACCUAGUACUAGAAGAGCUAGGUUCUUUAGCCACCCACACAUUUCUUUAGUCGAUGCCCACCAUGGGACGGUUUCUCAACCCUAGAAUAGACAGGGAGCUGAAACGAUGAACCAUUGGGGAGAGGGGCCUCUCCAUGCAAUGAGGCUCAAGAGACUCUGGAGAAAAUUCAACUCAUCGACCUUUUGCCUUCAAUCUCGCCAAUCGGUCAGCUUGCUUGCCGACUAAUGGCAAACUGUGAAAUGGGUCGACAAUCGCUUUCACCAGAAAAAUGUUGUUCCCGAAGCAGAUUGAAAUUUCAUCCAGGAUAGCUAUUGAAGCCUUGAUCCUGAUCCUCACCAUGGGAGAAUUCCAAGAAUAUUUUCAAUCGAUCUCUAGGAAUUUACCGCAAAAUACACCGAUAGCUUUGAA